AUGAGUGAGGUGCCCUGUCGCACCUUCCGGCGGGUCUGCGUCUAUGGGGGCAGCAGCUCUAAGGUGAGCGCGGAGUACCUGUCCCUGGCCGCGAGCCUCGGGCGCUGCCUGGCGCGGCGGAAGCUAACGCUGGUCUUCGGCGGGGGCAAGGUCGGCCUCAUGGGCGCUGUGGCGGAUGCGGCGUUGGCGGAGGGAGGGGAGGUCAUCGGCGUGAUGCCCAGGAGCCUUGUUGACAAAGAGCUGGCACACACCGGCUGCACGUCCCUGCACAUCGUCGAGUCCAUGCAUGAGAGGAAGGCGGCGAUGGCUCAGCUGGCGGACGCCUUCGUGGCGAUGCCCGGGGGCUGGGGCACCUUGGAGGAGAUCGCGGAGGUGACCACCUGGACCCAGCUGAACAUCCACUUGAAGCCUGUGGGUCUGCUGAACAGCAUGGGCUACUGGGACGAUUUGAUGAAGUGGACGCAGAACUCCUGCAAAGCAGGCUUCAUGUCGGAGACCUCCGCUGCGAUGCUCUGCGUGGCGGAGGACGGCGAGGCGCUGCUGGCGGCGAUGGCGACUUCGCGUCUGCCCGAUGCCGAGGACAAGCUGCGGCACUCGAUGUUUCAGGGGGCCAAGGCCGACCAGAAUGAGCUCCAAGAGGAGAGUGCCUGGGCGGUUCUGGGCCUGGCGGUGCUGGCGACGGCGGCCUUGCACUUCGCGGAGCUCAGAUGGCAGCCUCCCCAGCUGCCUGCCCCAAGCGAGCCUCUGCCUUUGAAGGAGGGACAGUCGGUGACCGUUGGCAAGAUGCAGCUGCAGGUGCGCGAAGCCAUUGGAUCGGGUGCUUAUGCACAGGUCUGGGCCGCGACCACGGAGGAUGGCCGCGAGGUGGCCGUCAAGGAGAUGCGCUGCGGCGUGGGCGCCGGCAUCUUGCCAGAUGCCUCGGUGCAGCGGGCCGUGCACGAGGUCAAGGUCAUGCGCCUCCUGACUGAGGCCUGCGAAGGCGAGCUUCGCGUGCCGAAGCUGCUGCAGCAUCAGUUCUGGGACCUCUCCCCGGCGGAGCCGGGCGCCUACGUCUUGCGGGUUGCGAUGCUGCGGCGCCAGGGUCGUGCGGUCAUCGACUUCUUGCAGGAGCGCGAGAUGUCGGCCGAGCUGGCUGCCAUGGGGCGCGGGCCGCCAGUACUGCUCUUCCUUCUUGAGCGCCGCCGGAGCUGCCCGGGAGUUGCUGCACCAGCUCUCGCCGACCUUCGCCAAGCUGAACCGCAUCGCUAUGCACCGGGAUGUCAAUGCUAG